AUGACAAUGACCUCUUUAGCAGUUCCUCCUCUUCCCACUUUGAAUCAGAAAUUUAUCACCAACGAUAAGGAAUAUGCCAUAUGGCAACUCGACACAAAUCCACUUCUUUCCUGCAAAUCACGUAGCGAUGCAAAACACCUAAAGUGCGAUUUCAGCGAUGACUGCAGGCCCUCUCUCAAAAACUUCCACGAGCUAGGAAGUACAUCGUUCUUCAAAAAUAACGACUCCCAAAUUGUGGCUCGGAUACGAGAUACUGCUUCCACAGAGUUUGUGAUCACCUUCCAAGGAAAACUCAAUAGGACGACACAGCAAAGAGAGCUAAAACGCCUCAGGACCGCAAUUCCACCGCUGCCCACACCGGAUACGCUUUACGAUGACAUGGUCGACGACUGUCGCAAUAUCAUGAGAACGAUAGAAACGCUUGAUGAACUCCGUAGUGAUAUCGAGUAUUUCUAUAAUAGUAAUUUGCGAUAUGGCGAAUUGGAACGCGAGGCGCAAAUACUGGAGCUCAAGGCAGAAAUCUGCAAGCUUAAGCUCCAGUCUUUGCGCCAGCACUUACGUUUGUUGUUCUCGGUAGUUCCUAUCCUAAUUGCGACAAAAACGAUGUCAGCACUAGCAUGGAGAGCGAAAAUGCAGGAGCCCCAAAGUUAUGUAAGGCGAGAUGAACAAGAAAAAGAACUGCUGACGACCCAGAAAGACAUUGAGAUUAUUGUGAACGAUCAGCUGCAAGGGAUGAACGAAUUUUUCACUGCGAUUUGCGAAAUCCGUUCCAGCUGUCUCAAUAUGGAGCGUGGCCAGAAGGAAAGCCUCAAUGUCCGUAUUCUGGAAACGGUGCAGUUCAUCAGCGCCACCGUAGCGGACAUAAAGGAACAAAUGGAGCGGGUCGGAGCAAACCAAAUCCACGAUGAAGCGCAGCCGACAACUUCCAGUUCGACACUAGGGGACAACUUUUCGCAGACGGUGGAAAGUUGCCAGAUGGCAACCAACGAGAAGGAUGGGAAAGUUCAGAACAGGCGAAAAUUGCGAGUAAUGCCGAGUAUAUGGAAGCGGUGGAGAUGGAAUACGAAAAGGCGAGAGAGGACCCGAAGGAAGCCGCGAUUCGAGCAGAGAUCAAAUCGCUAG